AAGAAGCAUUUUUAAGCAAGGGAGUUAGAGAACAAGUUGCAUGGUGCCCAGACAGAGAAAGGGAAGGGUCUCUUGUUCAGUUUCCCAAAGGUAGAGGCAUUAAAGAGCUCAAAGGUUGCAUCAUCAGAGGUUGGGCCGAGGUGGAGUCAUCGGCUGCUUUCCAGGAAGAGGAAGUCUGAGAAACGAAAGUUAAGGCAUUAGCUCUGUCCUGUCUUCACAGCAGAGCAGCAUCGGCAGCCAUGGCCUCUGGAGACCCUGCGAAGAAGCUCUGUGAGGAACUGGCCUGUCCCAUCUGCUUGGAGUAUUUCGAGGAGCCUGUGAUAAUCUCCUGUGGGCACAAUUUCUGCCAAUCCUGCCUGGAUCAAUGGUGGGAGGAGGAGGCCUCCUGCCCACAAUGCAGGGAGGAAGUGCAGGAAAGGGACAUCAAGCGGAAUUGGCAGCUGGCGAACCUGGUGGAAAUAGCCAAGGAACUGGGGAGACAGAAGGCGGAAGAGAAGGGGAGGGUCUGCCAGAGGCAUCAGGAGCCCCUGAAGCUCUUCUGCAAGAACCACAAAGCCCCCAUCUGUGUGGUGUGCGACAAGGGAAAGGAGCACAAAUAUCACAAAGUGAUCCCUCUGGAUGAGGCAUCAAAGGAGUACAAGGAUUGCAUUUGGAAUUUUCUGGAGACUCUGAAGAAGGAGAGAGAGAAAAUUCUGGCCUUCAAAGCAGAUGCAACACGGGAAAGCCAGGAUUUGCUUGAGAGAACCUGGAGAGAAAAGGAUAAGACUGUGGCUGCAUUCAGACUCAUGCACCAGUUUCUAGACAAACAAUAGAGGAAUCUGCUGGCAAAAAUGGAAGAGGUGGAGAAGGAGAUUUCAGCCAAGGGGGGGGAACAUCUGGCCAGACUCUCUGAAGAACUCUCCUCUCUCUCGAAACUCAUCCAAGAGAUGGAGGAGAAGCAUCAGCAGCCGGCAAGUGAACUCCUCCAGGAUAUCAGAAGCUUCUUACAGGGUUGUAAGGAAAGGGAGAAAUUUGAGACCCCUGUGGCUUUUCCUCCUGCCCUGAAAUGGAAGAUAUGGGACUUCUGUGAUAUAAAUCCCUUUCUGGAGGGUGUCAUGAAGCAAUUCAGAGACUCUCUGGAAUCUGGACUUCAGCAGCAAAAAGCACAUGUGACUCUGGAUCCAGACACAGCCCAUCCUAGGCUCAUCCUCUCUGAAAAUCGCAGACGUGUGACAUUGAGACAGAAAAGGCAAAAUCUUCCUGACAAUCCUGAGCGAUUCAAUCAACAUUUUUUUGUGCUGGGCCAGGAGGGAUUCAGAGGAGGCAGGCAUUUUUGGGAAGUCCUUGUGGAGAAUGGGGAAAGAUGGUCUGUGGGAGUUGCCAGAAAGUCUGUGCAGAGAAAGGGCUCCUUUCCCGUUGGCCCUGAUGCUGGGAUCUGGCGUGUGGCAAAGCGUUGGAUUGAAUACAUGUUCUACUCCAACAACAGUGUGUCCCCAACUCUGAAUCUGAGUGAGAAACCCAAGAGGGUCCGAGUGACACUAAACUACGAAGGGGGUCGGGUGGCCUUUUAUGAUGCAGACUCAGCAGCCCUGAUCUAUGAAUUCCCUCCAGCCUCUUUCUCAGGAGAGACCCUCCUUCCAUUCUUUGCUGUGGCUUUAGAAGCUCAACUUGAGCUCACUCCCUAAGGAUGGAGAACAAUGUCCAAAGACUCACACCAUCUGAGACACAAGAGGAGCUUUUUCUCUGUAGAUCUGGGGCUGUUAAUUCUCUUUCCUCUCCUUGUGGAAUCCCUCUGCUCUCUCUUUACAUAUUUGCCAAAAACCGACUGGGAGGCUGGAGUGUGAAUGUUAAAGGCUUUCCCCACCGUCCAUGGCUCGGUCAGAGACUUAUUCUUCCUGGAAAGGUUGGCAACAAUGACAACAGCAAAGAGGGAAUAAAAGACCCAAAUUCAUAUUUAGUCAAUAAUUCCAGGUACUGGAAUUCCAGUAGUAAGUGGGCAGUGUGUUAGGCCCUCUUUCUUGGCCUUACCCAAGGAUGUAGGUUGGAUUUGCCUGUGAAGCUUUUGGUUUUCACACUAAAUGUUCUAGUUUUCACAUGGCACAGAGUCACUCAUUGUUUUUGCUGAGGAAUUCUUGUGUUGAGGGGCAGCGCUGUGUAAUUGAACACACAAGCAGAUGCACUCAGCAGGAACCUCAUAUAUAAUAGUGAUAUAAAGAGGUCAGAUAUACAGCUCUGCCUCCACAGCCUGUAACUGAAAUGGGGAGGUUUCAUGCCUGAAGUCCAGCUGCUUCUCUGAGGGAACCGAGUCAAGCUGAAGACACUCUCAGUUUUGGUUGAACAUUUCUUCUACUUAGACAGCCACCUUUCCACAAAAGGACUGGGCUGUGGCGCAGGCUGGAAAGAAAGCCAGCUGCAACAAAUCAACAAAUCACUCUGACCAAGAGGUCAUGAGUUCGAGGCCAGCCCGGUGCCUGUGUCUUGUCUCUGUCUCUGUUCUAUGUCAUGGCAAUGUGAUCUGCCCUGAGUCCCCUUCGGGGUGAGAAGGGCGGAAUAUAAAUACUGUAAAUAAAUAAAUAAACAAACAUUGAUGCUGAAAUACACCGUAUGCACACUGAGUACAGCGUUUUUUUAAUGAAGCA